AUGCACACUCAGUGGGCUUCCAGGCACAUGAGGCACGGUGGCUGAGUUACAACACAGGGAAGAAAACCCCCCCACAAGGGAUCUUAGUAGCUGUGGAACAUCUGAUUUACUUCAAAAUAAUCUGAUUACAUGCAGAGACAGACUAACAUACACACCAGCAUUAACAUCAGAAUGUACGCGCCCGGGGCCGUGUUGGCCCUCUGUCUGCCCUGCUUUUUGAGUGGGAAUGUGUUUGGUUAUGAUUAUGGAGAGGAGUACUCUGAUUCCUACUAUAACGAAAUCUCCAAUGGUGACCGCCUGCAAACUGGACCUACGCAAAUUCCCUGUCCGCCUCAAGACCUCUCACGCUGGGACAAACUUUUCAUCAUGCUGGAGGACUCUCAGAUGAAGCAAGACAUGCUCAUGCAGCAGACUGAAGACAUGGUUAAGGCAGAGAUGGACACCAUAUGGAAGGAGCUCCAUAAGCUUAACAACAACAAAGCGUGCGUCCAAGCUUCAGAAAACACCUGCAAAUGUAUAAGUGAACAGAUGAACCGCAAUCUGAACCAAGCCAUAAAGCAGCUCAGAGAGGUUGCAGAUAUGUAUCAAGCCCAAAACAAUGAGACGUUGCAGCAGCUCAUUCAGUUCAGCAGGAACCAGGCCUCCCGUCUCACCAAACUGGAGAGCAACUCAGGUCUGGGACAAGUGGCCAUGAAGUCAUUCUCCGCUUAUCCAAAGGAACAAGAAGCAAGCAAUGGAGAUAGCGGGAAACUGGAGAGAGCGCUAAUGGCCACCGCUGUAGAUCUCCAAAGGGUACAUGCCCAGCUGGCCCUUUUCCAAAGAGCAACGGCACACCGCUAUCUGCCCUCAGGCUGUGAAAUGGCUUUAUUAUUCCCAAUGCGCUCCAAGCACAUCUUUGCAGAAGUAACACCCUCCAUGUCCAUGUCCCUACAAUCAUUCACCAUCUGUCUGUGGGCCAAAGUGACACAGUCUCUAAAUAAAACAGUGCUUUUCUCUUACGGAACCAAGAAAAAACCUCAUGAGCUCCAGCUUCUCAUGGCAAGGCGCUCGGUGCUCCUCACGGUGGGCGGUGAGACCCAUCUAGUGGAAGCUCACGGCGCAGUAACAGAUGGGCAGUGGGGACACUUCUGUGCAGCUUGGAGCUCAGAGCAGGGGCUGGCCACUUUGUGGGUAAAUGGAGAGAACGUUGCCAGAGAGCCUGGAGUAGCCGAGGGGAACGUAUUGUCCGGUGAUGGGUUCUUUCUGCUCGGGCAAGAGCGCAGCCGGUCGGGUAUCUACAGAGAUCUGGACUCAUCGGUUGCCUUCACUGGGAAAAUGACAGGGGUUAACAUGUGGGACCAUGUGCUGGAAGCAGAGAGGAUUAAAGAGUACGCCAAUCACGACGGAUCCUGUGAUGGCCGCGGGAAUGUGAUUGGAUGGGGUGUUUCAGAGAUCAUCCCACAUGGUGGCGCUCAAUAUAUCAACUGAGACUGCACCAAUAUUCAUCACAAUACGUUGUAUAUUAUAUUGUAUAUCAUUAAUGAUUUUGUAAUUAUCUUCUUUUUCAUUCCAAAUCAAAAGCACUGCUUAAAGGGAUAAUCUACCCCCAAAUUAAUUUUACUCACCCUCAUGUCAUUCCUUGUUCUGUGCUGUGGAGCACAAAACAAGAUUGUUUGUCCAUUGAAAGUCAAUGAGGUGCAACGGACUUUAAUGGUACAUCAUAUACGGCUGAAACAUUCUUCAAAAUAUCUUCUUUUGUGCUUCACAGAAGAAAGAAAAUCAAGCAGGUUUCUGACAACAUGAAGGGGAGUAUAAUGAUAGAAUUUUUUAAUUUUUGGGGUGAACUCUUGAGAAGAUCCUUUUUGACCUUAAAACACUGUACACAAAGCCAAUUAAAAUAGUUUAAUAUUUUGUAUUCUUUUAUUUUAUUUUAGUACAUUAAAGAGUAAAUUGCAUUGACAUGUAAAUAAAUCAGUUAAAUGAGUAAAAAGCUAAUAAAAAUUCUAGCGGAGUGGCUCAGUGAGCAUAAUUUAAUGGACUACAAAUAGCAGAACUGUUUCUGUUGUACCAAAUUUUAAUUUACCGGUAAUUGACUUAAGGUGGGGCAAGUCCGGAUUUAUUUACAGCACCAUGCUGGACAUGACUGUUUACACUGUUCAACAAUAAUUCGAAACAGAUUUUCCUGCUCUUGUGGUUUAGUAAUUUACUAUGUUUGUCUGUCUCAUUGCUGCAUAUGUGUUGCUCCAAUAUAUUGCCAGUUGGUCCAGUCUGACCACACAUGCUAUAAAAUGAACCCAAACA